GGGCGGGGCCGGCCCGCCGAGUUCGCGGGGAGGGGGCGCCGGGACACCCUUCUCCCCGCCCGGGACGCCGCCCGCCCGACUGCGCCUGGGAUGUAGCGCCCGCUGGCCGCCUCCCGGAGACUCGUCGGACCCUGCGCCCCGCGAGCCACAGGUGGCCAGUGGCUGCCUAACUGGACCGCGCAGGAGAAUGUCCGGCCCCCGAGAGACCCAGAAGGGCAGAGGCUGAACCCAGGGAGGCCCUGCGUCUUCCCAGGUGACCACGCCGGCUUCAGGACAUGCACGGGCACAGCCGCAACGGGCAGGCCCACGUGCCCCGGCGGAAACGCCGCAACCGCUUCGUCAAGAAGAACGGCCAAUGCAACGUCUACUUCGCCAACCUGAGCAACAAGUCGCAGCGCUACAUGGCGGACAUCUUCACCACCUGCGUGGACACACGCUGGCGCUACAUGCUGAUGAUCUUUUCCGCGGCCUUCCUUGUCUCCUGGCUCUUUUUUGGCCUCCUCUUCUGGUGCAUCGCCUUCUUCCACGGUGACCUGGAGGCCGGCCCGGCGGGGGCCGCGGCGGGGGCCCCGGUGGUGGGAGGCGGCGGGGCGGCCCCGGCGGCCCCCAAGCCCUGCAUCAUGCACGUGAACGGCUUCCUGGGUGCCUUCCUGUUCUCAGUGGAGACGCAGACGACCAUCGGCUACGGGUUCCGCUGCGUGACGGAGGAGUGCCCGCUGGCGGUCAUUGCCGUGGUGGUCCAGUCCAUCGUGGGCUGCGUCAUCGACUCCUUCAUGAUCGGCACCAUCAUGGCCAAGAUGGCGCGGCCCAAGAAGCGGGCACAGACGCUGCUGUUCAGCCACCACGCGGUCAUCUCGGUGCGCGAUGGCAAGCUCUGCCUGAUGUGGCGCGUGGGCAACCUGCGCAAGAGCCACAUCGUGGAGGCCCACGUGCGGGCCCAGCUCAUCAAGCCCUACAUGACCCAGGAGGGCGAGUACCUGCCGCUGGACCAGCGGGACCUCAACGUGGGCUACGACAUCGGCCUGGACCGCAUCUUCCUGGUGUCGCCCAUCAUCAUCGUCCACGAGAUCGACGAGGACAGCCCGCUCUACGGCAUGGGCAAGGAGGAGCUGGAGUCAGAGGACUUUGAGAUCGUGGUCAUCCUGGAGGGCAUGGUGGAGGCCACUGCCAUGACCACCCAGGCCCGCAGCUCCUACCUGGCCAGCGAGAUCCUAUGGGGCCACCGCUUCGAGCCCGUGGUCUUUGAGGAGAAGAGCCACUACAAGGUGGACUACUCGCGCUUCCACAAGACCUACGAGGUGGCCGGCACGCCCUGCUGCUCCGCCCGGGAGCUGCAGGAGAGCAAGAUCACCGUGCUGCCCGCUCCGCCGCCCCCGCCCAGUGCCUUCUGCUACGAGAACGAGCUGGCCCUCAUGAGCCAGGAGGAAGAGGAGAUGGAGGAGGAGGCCGCGGCCGCUGCCGCCGUGGCCGCGGGCCUGGGCCUGGAGGCAGGCUCCAAGGAGGAGGCGGGCAUCAUCCGGAUGCUGGAGUUUGGCAGCCACUUGGAUCUGGAGCGCAUGCAAGCCACCCUCCCGCUGGACAACAUCUCCUACCGCAGGGAGUCCGCCAUCUGACCUCCAGGCCCGCCCUCUCGCUUCCCACCAGAGCCUCUUCCGGGGGUGCGCUGCCAGGACACCUCCACAUCACUCAGGACAGAGUGGCUCACCCUGGCUCCACGGACCUUCUGGAGAGAGCUGGGGGCUUCAGAGACUGGGAGACCCCUUCCUACUGACUCCAGAACCCAGGCCUGGGAAAGGGCCAGGAUACCCUCAGUCUGGUCAGCCUGGGUUCUCCAGCACCUACCCACUGGCGGCUCAGGAACCCCAGACCCACCACCCUUUCCCCACCGACCCUUCAAGGACAUUCCCCCUUUGCUCUCAGAACCUUGGGAAAGGCGGCUGGACUGUCGGGGGGUGGGCAUCUUGGGGUUCCGGGGUGGGCCGGUGG